UGAAAUUACACUUCACAAGUAAAUACAUCUACCUCAGAGUUAUUUGCUUUCUCUGGUGAAUUAUUUGACAAAGUUAUUCAAUCAAAUACCUAGAAAAAGCUGUGGGAGGAGCGAUAGAGCAGCUUAGACGGUUGCCUCUUCUGUGAACCCACUUAAUUGAUCGGGUGAAUUAAUUUGGCAGCCUCUUGCUGUGACAUCACUCUAGCCUUGCAGGAUCACAGGAUCUGAGCUGUACUGGAACACAGGGACACUUCCCUGAAAAGCAUUUGAGAGUGUUAGUGUUGGAUAAUAAGAAACCUCCUGUCACCGCAGCCUCACAGAGCUGUCGCUGCCAGCUGCUACCACAGAGUGACGAUCUGAGAAACGCAUGCAGGGAAUGGACAGGGUGAUUUCCUACAAUGAUCCUAAAAGUGUAAAUUAAAAAGGAAAUGACAGGCUGGAAAAAGUUAUUAUUAUUUAUCAACUUUAUAUAUUUUCUGGCAAAACUAAUUCCGUCCAUCCAUCUCCUUCUACAUACCCGGAGUCAGGUGAAAGCCGGCUAAGCAGGUCAUCCCACUCAUCCCUUUCAUGAGCAACGCUUUCCACUUCACCCUGAGGUGUUCCUAGGCCAGAUGAGAUACAUAGUCCCUCCAGUGAGUUCUGGCUCUAUAACCUGGGGUCUGCUCUCAGUUGAACGAGCCCAGAAAACCUCUAAAAGAUGACACCUGGUUGAUCUCAGUCAUAUACCCAAACCACCUGAGCUUGCUUCUUAAAGAUGUAACUGAUAACCUGAAAUAUACAUUGACAGGCUUUUCCAGUAUAUUAUUUUAACAAAUAAUGUCACUGAAUAUUAACCACUGCAUCCUAACAUGUUCAGGGUUUUUGUUGCUGAUGUUUUGCUAUAACUUCCAACCUUUAGACAUUUAAACAUGCAUGAAGGAAAAAACUAUAACAAAAGCCACUCAUUUGUUUUCUUCACAUAUCACCACUCUGUCAGCAGCAGCAGGUCCAGCUGUGGGCUGUAAGGAUACUGCAGCACCCUCUGGUGGUCGAUGGUACUCACCAAAGUGACAGGGCCAGUUCACUGCUGACACUCCUCUGUUAAAACAUCCCACAUUUUUGGAAAGAAAUUCUGCUCUGCUAGGAGUCGUGCUGAAGGAUGUCACUCACAGACAUGCUGGCUGUCGUUGGUGGAUUUACUCUGGUGUUCUACCUGCUGAAACUCGCCUGGAGAUGUUGGUGUGGAUUCAGAGAGUUUGUUUUAUCAGAGCACUGGCAGGUGGAUUUAAGGACUUAUGGACAAUGGGCAGUUGUCACUGGUGCCACGUCAGGCAUUGGUAAAGCUUAUGCCAGUGAGCUGGCACAAAGAGGUCUCAACAUUAUUCUUGUAAGCAGAUCUGAAGAUAAGCUUCGGAUGGUUGCCAAAGAAAUCGAGAGCGAGUAUGGACGGAAGACACGCACCAUCCAGGUGGAUUUCACAGAAGGCCACAGUAUCUACCCUGCGAUUGCCAAGCAACUAGAAGGCCUGGAGAUUGGAAUUUUGGUUAACAACGUGGGAAUGAUCUGUACUGAUAGUUUUGCCUGUUUUCUGGAGACGCCAGAUGCUGAACAGAAAAUCACUCAGGUUGUCAACUGUAAUGUGCUGUCUGUACCUCAGAUGACUAGACUGGUUCUUCCAGACAUGAUUGAAAGGGGAACAGGGCUGAUCAUCAAUAUCUCAUCAGCAGUGGGCGUCCGUCCACAGCCUCUGCUGGCCCUUUAUUCAGCCACAAAGAUUUUUGUAAAAUAUUUCUCUCAGUGUCUGCAUGCUGAGUACAAGUCAAAGGGAAUUUCAGUCCAGUGUGUGGUCCCCGUCCUCGUGUCCACCAACAUGACUCACAACAUGGAAGUCAACUGUUUUGUGAAGAGUGCUCCACAAUUUGCUCGUGAGGCUUUAAACACUGUGGGUCACUCCAGCUACACCAGCGGCUGUUUGUCUCACGCACUACAGAAUGUGGCUCUCACGAUGCUCUUACCGGACUGGUUUCGUAUGUCGACAUUCCUCAUCAGAAACCUAAAAAAACUUCCAAAAAUGGGGAAAUCUGAAAGAAGAGCCUGUAAGGAAAACCAGAGGCUCAAUGAAAAGGAGGAGUAGUCAUGUGCCUGCAUGUACACAGACGUUAUGUGAAUGUUUGGUUUUUUUGAAGAGGACUGACAUAAAUGUGAAUCUUCACUGUACUGUAUUAUCACAGAAUGCUACAAAAUAUAUAUACUGUUCAGUU